AUGGAUCUCCUCAUUAGGCCGGCAUUCAUCGUACUUUGUCUCUACUCAAAAAUACUAUCUACUCUUACCUUCUCUUCCCUGCUCUCCCCUCCUCGUCCCGUCGUCUCUGGUUGCCUCUUGCACUCACGGCUCUCCUCGUUGCCUCUUGCGGUCACGGCUCUCCUCGUCAGCACAGCAAUCGUCCUGCUCCUAUCAUCGACUCCCUCGCAGCACGGCAUCCCCACCUUGGACCUCCCACGCGUUCAAGCCAGCACGGCCGUUCAGACCAGCGCGCCCGUUCAAACCGACGCUCCAGAGCCGUCCGAUCUUCACCGAGCAGCAUCCGAUGCAGGCGCCUUGACAGAGCUCCAAUCAAGGAGAUCUCCCCACCCGGACAGCAUCAAACCGACCUAUCCCAACCAGGACGAACCAGAGGACUCGGAGACAGACCCAUGGCUCGAGAGCCUGUGUCUGGGGAAGCAGAAUAAGGGCUGCGAUCCUGAUCCGAACGCCGGGAACCGCUUACGCUCUGGCUCGGAGGGUAAGGGGCGAGUUGGGGGGGUGGGGGGGGUUCAAUGGGUGGAGCCAGUGGGAGAUGAGCCUCAGUCGGAGAUAGAGGCCAUUUGGGCCGCUCAUGCCGCCAAACACAUGACGUUCGGGAAGGUGCAACAGCCCAGACGCCCGGCCGAGGCUCGGGAAGAGGUUCGGGAAGAGGCUCUUGAAGAGGCUGGGGACAAGGUUCGGCAUCAUGACUGGAGUGAGGGAAGGGGGGAAAGUAUGGAGAUAGGGGGGAUGGAGGGGAUACCAGAGGGCACGUCCUUGCAGCAGGAGAAAGAGGAGGAGCAGGAGCAAGCGGAGCAGGGGCAGAAGAGGAAGGAGGAGGAGCAGGAAGAGAAGGGGGAUGAGACGCAGGAGGGAGAGGAGGGGGGGGACACAGAAAGAGAACAAAAGGAGCCGUGGCGCAUCUCUUCCUUCUCCACUCACAUCGGACUGUCCAGAGACAUACGCCUCUCCUCCUCCACCGUCCAUCGGAGAAAAACUCCCCCCCCCGCCUCUGCCAAGAAGAUCCCCGCCUCCCCCCCGUUCCCCGCCCCCUCGCCCUCCCUCCCCCCCGCGCCCUCCCCCCCCUCGUUCCCCUCCCCCUCGUCCCCCACCCCCCAGCCCGAAGCCACCUCCGCGCCCUCCGCCGAGCCCUCCCCCCAGUCCCCCUCCACCCCCCGGGCCAAGUUGAUAGUGCGCACCAAGACGUGGCAAACGUGGUGGGCGGCAGCAGAGGGGGUCAACUGGGAGGGGCACGUUGCAUGCCGGAUAAUAGUGCGCACCAAGACAUGGGGCACGUGGUGGGCGGCAGCAGACGGGGUGAACUGGGAGGGGCGCGUAGGCCGGGUCUAUUCCACGCCCAGUGCUUCACAGGCGCUCACCAUCAUUCGAGUCUCCGACACUGAGAUGGGGUCAGCACCACGCCCAGUGCUUCACAGGCGCUCGCUCACCAUCAUUCGGGUCUCCGACAAUGAGUUCCAGUUCCUGACUCCCAGCAACACCUUUUUAACCAAGGCCCCCUCCAUGUUCCUGGAAACAACCACCAACUCCUCGGACCCGCUCACAGUGUUCACCAUCGAGUAUAUCCCCGACACUGUCUACGUGUUCCAGUUCCUGACUCCCAGUAACACGUUCCUAACCAAGGCCCCCUCCAUGUUCCUGGAAACAACCACCAACUCCUCGGACCCGCUCACAGUGUUCACCAUUGAAUACAUCCCCGACACGGUCUACAUCGUCUUCAAGUCCUCCGAUGGAUGGUACAUCUCACAGAAUGGCGAAAGUGGCCCGCAGUUCUGGUGGCAGGGGGAGCCGGGCGACUGGGAGCGGCUUGACGUGAGGGAGAUCAUGUGGGUGCCGGCGAUUCGCGGGGCGAAUCUGGGGUCGUGGCUCAUGACUGAGCCGUGGAUGAACAGAGAGGUGUUCAAGUUUGCUGGCUAUGGUGAUGGCACCCGGAUGUAUUGCAACGGUUCACUGAACAAGGACGCCUAUCUCCACCUCACCACCGUUCGGAACGCCUCAUCCAACACUCGCAGAAUAGCCGUGCAGUGGCUGCAGUACUGGGCUGUGAGGAAAAACUCACCCAACGUCUGGGUCCAAUCCACAGAGCCCGAGGUCAUAGCGAGCAACUUUGAGCUCUUCAUCUUCGGAAUACCUCUCAACGAAUCAACGGAGCAGAGGGGAAGCAGUGUGCGCGUGGUGUUGCGUGCUCCCAACGGCCUCUUUGUCCAAGCCAACCCCGACGGUUCCCUUACUGCUGAUCUUAUCGAUUCCCUCGAUAAUGACGCCAUCUGGAGCAGCGCUGCUGCCUUCGACCUCACUGUGGUGAGUGUGACUUCAUUCCCUUCCUCCUCUCUCCCUUCUCACCUCCUUCCGUCCCUAUGGCGGGUGGAGGCGGAUUGGCAGGCGGCAUACACAGUCGGCGCGGCCGCCCCAUCAAUCUACGAGAACAUUCGCCGAAACUUCAUCACGGAAGCAGAUUGGCAGAAGAUGCAAGAGCUGGGGAUCAACACAGUGCGCAUCCCCCUGGGCUAUUGGAUAGCCCUCGACGCCUCCCCUGAGUUCCCCUUUGUGCCUGGAGCGGCAACGUAUUUAGACUGGGCGUUUGAGAUGGGGAGGAAGUAUGGGGUGAGGAUUUGGUUCAGUGUGCAUGUGGCGCCUGGGUCACAGGCAGGCAAGGGGAAUGCGCGGGAUGGGCUGAUCCGCUGGCGAGGGGCGAAUAUCAACCGCACGCUCGACUUCGUCACCUGGCUCGCUGACAGGUACGCCACCGACCCUAUGUGGCUGGGCAUGGGGCUGCUGAACGAGCCGGUGGUGCCGGGGGCCAACGGGUACGCGGGGGUGGAUCUAGAGGACAUGCGGGGGUACUACUCGGCGGCUUUCAACGCCAUCCGCGCGCGCUGCCUGUGCUGCUUCGUGGCCAUGGAGGGCCGCGUGGGCAGCAACUUUGGCGACGUGAUGUGGCACAUGAGCGACGCGUGGCACAACAACAUGAUCCUGGAGCAGCACAUCUACGAGGUCUUCGGCAACUUCUUCAGCUCCCAGGGCGUCAACUUUGAACUUGAUUACGCUUACACCACCCGGGUCAACAACAUCGUCAGCUUCCAAGAGAAAGUGGGGCGGCAGCUGUUGGUGGGGGAGUUCUGCAAUGCAAUGGGCAACCCUGCAACACCGGAGCAGCAGGCCAACUUCUCCCUCGGCCAGAUGAAGGCAUUCAGCCACGCUAAGGCUGGUUGGUUCUUCUGGUCCUGGAAACUUAACACCACCGAUUUUCGUUAUUAA